AAAUAUUCUAAAUGUUUAUUCUCUCUGUUAUAUCUGACUUGGUCAAAAUACGUCCAGAUGAGUUUGGAAUACCUAGAAAGAAAGCCAUUGUCAGAAAUCUCAAUAAAAAAUACUCAAACAAAAUUAUACCCAAUCUUGGUUUAGCCAUAUCGGUCUGGGAUUUGAUUACUGUUGAUGUUGGUCUAUUGAAACCUGGGGAUGGUUCUAUUUACAUAAAUGUCAAGUUUAGAAUUGUUUUAUUCAAGCCUUUUAUUGGAGAGGUUUUGGAAGGUUGGAUUGAAGAAUCCAUUGAAGAUGGUUUAAAAAUCAAAACUUUAUUUUUCAAUGAAAUUUUUAUACCAAAGGAUUUAAUUUUUGAAAACAGCAGAUUUGAUCCAAUUGAAAAAUGUUGGAUUUGGAGGCCUGAUUUGGAUGAUGAUACAUUGUUGUAUUUAGACUUGAAUGAAAGAAUCCGAUUCAGAAUUCAUCAAGAGAUUUUCAAUAAUAUCAAACCAACUGGGCCAAAUGAUGAUGAAGACGAUGAAGAUGAAGAAGAAGUUCUUCCCAAUCCAAACAAUUCAAACAACCAAAAUGUUGAUAUCAAUCAGAAUUCACAGGCUGAGAAUCAAAAACCCAAAAAAGAACCCAAGCCUCCUGCCUAUGCAUUGAUUGCCAGUUGCCAGACUGACGGAAUGGGUGUUAUUAGUUGGUGGAACUGAUCUAAUAAAUCAAUUUAUCACAACUAUCAAAAAUAUUACAAUUGGUUGACUUAUGAUUUAAAUCAAUUCUUGUGUAGCAUUGUAGGUUGUGGAUUUUUAUACCCUGGGAAUUCAGCGUCUAUUAUGGCUUUUCAGCAUCUCAAUUAUGCAACAUGAACGAGAAUGGUUUUGAUAACUGUUCAAAACUUUAAAUAAAUUUCCAUCUACACGUGAUAGUAAAUUACAUUUUUUGUUUAAAA